AUGACCAAGAUGGAAGUGCGGAGGAUCAAGUGCGAUGCAAUAUCCACCGAACACCGCCCCGUCGGCUCCAUCAAGACCCGCACGAUACCACCGAGAGUCGACAUGGCCGUCCGGGGCGUCAACUUUAAGAUGAUGCGCAAAAAUCCCCUGUCCAGCGCCCUCAGCUUCCGCUUCCUGGGCGCCGGGGAGAUGCGCUGGGAGGAGCUGGGCAAGAAGGGCAGGGGCAUGAGGCUCAUCGACUUCAAUGGCAAGACACUAGCAUACUUCCGUCCCAGGCUGCACGUACUGGGUGGAGGCGGAGGAGGCGGAGUAGGUUACGGGAGCAGCCCAUCCGCAGGCGGCUUAAAUCUGAAAAGGUCAGAUAUCAACAGAGCCGGUCAGGGUCCCGGCUUCGAGCUGCACGCCGCGCUCGCAGAUCUCGACCUGGACCUAGUCGUCGCGACGGGCUUGGCGGCGGCCGAACACCGUCGGCAGUUGGACGAAAACUGGGACCUGAUGGCCAGCGAGGAGUACGAAUAG